CUCUUUGCAAGAAACAGCAUUCCAUGCUACUUGCUAGAUGAGUAUCGAACGUCCUCCCUGUGCCCAGACUGCCACGGGCGUGUGAAGAAAAACAUCCGACGCCGGCUGUCACCUCAGCCGUGGCAAGCUCGAAAGGGAAGAAUGGAAUUUGUCCAUGGAUUGGUGGGUUGCCCCAACCCCGAAUGUAUCAACCAAGACUGGACGCCAUUUGAGAUUUCUGGAAGACGACCACUACGACUACGGAUGAGAGUGCACAAUCGGGACGUCCUAAGCACCAAGAAUUUCCUCUCGAUUGUGCCUUCGGUGGUGUUUGGCAAUGGCCACAGACCAGACGCAUUCUCCCGUAACCGUAGGUAGUCUAGAAUUUUCACCCCAUUCCAUUUUCCAUGGUGGUUAUCUGCCAUCCACAUCAUUGUACCUCUGCCUGAGGCGUCGCCAAUGAUGGCAAC